GCUUUUCACUGGGGGGCCGGGAUCCACAAUGUUUGGUGGACGGAUUUCCAAGGCAAUGGCUCCUGCAGACAAGGCAGCAAAGGAGGUCACUCCAUUCUAUCAGGGCCCAGUUGCAGCAUUCAUGGCCAAGCGCCACCUGACGCGCAUGCCAACCAUCUCCUCCGUGAGCACGGCGGACUCCGGUAGUAACCUACCAGUCAAGAAUACCUUCAUCGAUCUUGACAUUGGUCGACCACCAUCCCUGGAGGGAUUCUUCAACGAAAGGCUGAUUCGCUCUGCACCAGGGAGUCAGGUGGAGGAUCAGACGGAGGAGCCUCUGAAGGAGGCAGAUACUCCGCCGGUGAUUUGCUUGGCAGCUGCACUCUCGUUCACAGGUAGUAGUACAAAAAAGCCGACCUACAGCAUGGGUUCAGAAGGUCAUGGUGCCCGAGAAUGUCAUCCAUGCGCAUUUUACUGGAAGGACAAGGGAUGUAGCAGUGGUGCUGAUUGCAACUUUUGCCACCUCUGCAACCAAGGUGAGAAAAAGCGGCGACAGAAGGAGAAGCGAACUGUCUGGCGUAGCAUUGACCGCGUUCGCCAAGCCUUUGCCGCGGCGAACCACCAGGUUGAUUGAGUCCCGUACAGGCCCGGCACAGGAGUGGCCCAAAUUGGCCCAGCUGCGGGACGCACAAACGGCUUGAGUCGCGUUGUGCGCGCGCAAAAGUCGCGCGGAAGACACCAGGUUUAGCGUUCCGUCAGGGAAGAAUUCAGGGGGCCACAGAUGGUCUCUAUGUCACUAUGCUGCGAAUUCACGGAAGGUCUCUCACUGAGAUGUCAACCGUUUUUUCUAAGAUUUCAUGGUGGCAACUGCUGUCGCCCACGGAUACGAUGCCACAACGGCGGCCGGUGGAACGUGGAAAGGAGCGCGACCUCAGGUUUGAAGGGUUG